ACAACCAAAUGAAAAUGUAAGUUGCUCAAAUCUGGGUCACUUCAUAGUUGGCCAAUAUUUCCAUUCACCGACUAUAUAAGCCAGGAUUUCACAUACCGACAGCAUCAGUUGUUUCACUCAACCGAAUUCAACAUGAAGCUGUUUAUCAUCGCCGCUGUCUUGGCCGUUGCCGCCGCUGCUCCUUCAAGCUACAAAGCUCCAAGCUACUCAGCCCCCAGCUACUCCGCACCAAAGUACUCUGCACCAGCCUACUCCGCACCAGCCUACUCCGCCCCCGCCUACUCCGCCCCCGCCUACUCCGCACCAGCCUACUCCGCCCCAUCCUACAAGGACAACAAGUACGCUGACAUCACCGUCACCAGCCAAUCUGAUGUCCGCAAUCUUGAUGGCAGCAGCCAAUGGAGCUACGCCCAGUCUGACUACACUACCCGCGAAGAGUCCCAAGUUCAGAAGAAGAUGCAAGGAGUCGCUUACGAUUCUUACGGAAAGGCUACAUACGAAGAUGUUAUGGGCAACACCAACAAAGGAUCCUCUUACUGGGUUUCUCCUGAAGGCGAGAAAUUCACUUUGACCUGGACCGCUGAUGAUGCUGGAUUCCAACCCAAGGGUGCCCACUUGCCCGUUGCUCCCGUUCACGUCUACGAGCUCCCCGUUGCCCCCGUCCACGAAUACGUUCUCCCCGUUGCCCCCGUCCACAUCCCAUUCAACGGCAAAGGCUACAAGAUCUACUAAAUUAUUGACUACCUGACCGCACAAAUAACUUAAAUCCGUGUAUUUUAUGCCUUGAUGCUUUUUGUAUUGUUGGUGUAAAUACGAGGAAAUAUAAAACGAUGUCUAUCAAA